AUGGGCGGAUUCUGGACCUCACGAUCCCCCACCUCGUCCUCAUCGACAACAACAACAACCCAGGACGACACGGACUCAGUCUCUGUCAGGCCAGCACCAGCACCAGCAACUGCGCUCUCGACACCUUUCCCAACUCAAUUCGCUGUCAACGUUCCAGAUAGCACAGGAAAAACAAAAGCACCAGAAAGAGGAGGGGACGCCGCCAGUCAUGAGCAUUCACCUAGGCUGGAACCAAGUCCGCUCCCACAUAUCCCCUUCGUCCCCGACGCCGAUCAAAACCCGGAUCUGAAGUACUUCAGCCGAUUCAGGGCUGACCCAAGCAGCAUCUUGCUGCAGUACCCUCGUUCGAACGUGGAUCAUAUCCAUGACUUUUAUGAGAUCUAUAACCCGUCUGAGAAGGGACUCUGGGCCUUUGGAAGCAAGGCGAUAAUGGGCGGAGUUGCGGCAGUGAGCAAGAUCUUUAUGACGUUCGGCUCCUACACAAGUGUCUACAAUAUGAACCCAUUCCUCAAGAUCCUCUAUGACACCGACCGUACCCGGCCCCUUCUUACUGUAACAAACCAUACCUCAACUGCUGACGAUCCAUUGCUCUGGGGCGCCUUGCCAUGGAAGGCUUAUAAUACACCUACCAGGACUAUCCGCUAUGCACUGGGCGCACAGGAGCUCUGCUACCCCAACGCACCUGUGGGUCACUUUUUCCGAUGUGGACAGAUUGUGCCUAUUAUCCGAGGAAACGGGAUUUACCAACCGGCCAUUGACAAAUCGAUCAAUCUGCUCAGGACUGGACGCUGGGUCCACAUCUUCCCCGAAGGCAAGAUCAACCAAACGGACCAGUUGAUUCGGCUCAAAUGGGGCGUUGGGCGGAUAUUGAUGGAAUACGGUGGACCCACCAUUGCCGAAGGAGGCAAGCCAAUUAACGAGGUCGAGAUGCCAAUCGUUAUUCCAAUUUAUCACUUGGGUAUGGAGGAUAUCCUGCGACUGUACCCCAACAACGAUUCGCCAAUCUUUCCAAAACUGGGUAUGCCCCUGACGAUCGUCUUUGGAGAGCCGAUCGAGUUUCGGUCGCUGAUGCAGGAGUACAAGGAGGGCAGAAUUGGCGAGGUUGAGGCACGUGUCAAGAUGACCGAGAGGGUGUUUGAGGCGAUGGAGGAGCUCAAGUUGGUCGCGUUGCGGUUACAUAAGGAACAGGAGGCGCGUAUUGAGCAGGAUAGGAUUACCAAAGGCAGGUGGUGGUGGGUCAAGCCCGUCGGAUGGGGAUGGUAA